GAAACUCAAACUAUGGGGGCAUUUGGAAUGCAUCUCCUGUGUCAUUGUUGUUGUUGUUUUUGUGAAAGAUAUUUGAUGUUAUUAUUUAUGUUAGUCUAUGUCUGAAUAGAUAAUGAAAAUGAUCAUGUGAUGGAUGUGGCUGUUACAGAUAUGUGUUUUGUGGCAUAAUAGAGUCCAUGGUGAUGUUGAACUUUCCCUUAGCUGUCAAGGAGAGUGACUUUGUGGACUACAGUGAGACAUUUUGUGACAGCGGAGAAGCCAGCGUAGACAUGGGGACACAAUUGGCGGCAGAUGCAGUGGAUUUAAACUUUAAUUCUUGGACUGAACACGUCUCCACACUCGAGUCGUCCUUUGAAGAAAGAGGAAGUGAGACUGAAGAAAGAGGAAGUGAAAGGGUUACUUAACAACUCAAAAGACAACCAGAAACACGAUCAAUCACCAUCUCUCAGAUGUUUGCCAAAGCCACAAAAGCCUUCGUGAAGGACACAGAUCAUGAGGGACGCCUGAUCCCUGUGUCCAGUCUGAAUGACACAGACAAACUGAAUCUCCGAUCACUCAUUGUCAAGACCAGGAACAGAUGCUUCUGGCAGGAACCCAAAUACCAGUCCCCUGGCUUUACCCUCGGUGAUGUCCUGAAGCCUGGAGAGCCUGGAAACACACCUUUAAGCCCAACUGUCAAGGAGUGUGACUUUGUGGACUACAGUGGGACAUUUGGUGACAAAAAAGAAAUGAACGCAGACGGAAACGUGGAGUCAAAGUUGGCUGAUUUCAACAUUACCGUGGGAGGGAAAUGGUCCACCAAACAGAAGCUGUCCCUUGGCAGCCUGAACAAAGAGAAGGUUGAUGUGAAGGACUUACACAACUACUCAAAAAACAGAGUUCUGGACAUGUCCCAUCCUGUGAUCAAGCAGACCCGUGUGAAUCCCAGAGCAGUGUUAGGCGUCUUGACGGAGAGGAUUAUGACGUCACUACCUUGUCCGGUCACAAACAAUGUCCGGAAGCGUGGCAAUGCAGGAGUCAACGUGAGCGCCUGUGUGUUCCUGAGCCGGAAGGCCUCUAUGAAGCAGAGCGGCAGUACUCAGACAGAUAGUGAUGUGUCACUGGGUAUUCCUGCAAAUACUGUCAUGGCCUACAGUCUGAUUGAACUCUACGUCAAAUGCAAUGGACAGUUUGAGCUGUGCCUCAUUUGCAACAAUGGGGGCUUUGAAAAGGUUUGGUCAAAGGAUGAGAUUGAAGGGGAUGGAAUUAUGGACCUGAGAGGCAACUUUGCUGCCAACAGCCCCCUAAAUCUGAACAAAGAACUGGAGAAACUGAGUGGUCAUUUCCAGCUGCUGUCAGCUCUGCCGGUUGCCAAACGCUCCUCUCUGCUCCAGCUCCUCAAGACAACCAUGGAGGACAGAGAGGCAGUCAGUGUGCUGGAGAGUGUGCUGGAUCAGAUGUGUGAUGGUGAGACUCCUGACCUGGGUGAUCUGGAAGAGUCUGAGAGGGAAACAGUCCAGGCCAUACUGGAUCUUGUAGACCAAUGUGUUGGGAAGGAUGAGGACGAGAUCAGAUCCUCACUUCUCAGUGCCGUCCACCUCAUUGUCAGUGCCAUGGACGGAAUGACAGAUGUGGGUCUGUCUGUGUUGGGAUCGUGUUGCAGUCCUCCAGUCUUACAGGCCCUGCAGAUCCUGGUGCAGCAUGUGGCAGCAGGGAGUGGGGAGACCCUCUCUCUGAGAGAUGCAGGUCUGGCUGUUCUGACUGAGGAGGAGGUGUAUCAGAGGACAGAGAGUCUCUUUGGUCACUCUAAAGUUACACUGAAGAGAGAGGAGGACACACUGAGGACAGAGAUGAAGGACCAGCCUGGAUACCUUCCUCUAGUCAUGAGUAUCGCUGUGAAAGGCCUGGCCUCUUUAGUGUAGUGUAGUGUAGUGUAGUGUAGUGUAGUGAGUGAGUGAGUGAGUGAGUGAGUGAGUGAGUGAAUG